AUGAGAUUUUCUUUAUUUUUAUUGAUACGAGGUGCGCUAAAAGCUAAUGAUUAUAUACUUACAAAGGAUUUUAUAAAACUUUCUGUUCAUUCUGGGACUGGAGGAAAUGGGAUUUUGAGAUAUAAUGGAAUUGGUGGAAAUGGGGGAUCUGUUUUUGUUAGAGCAAAUGAUAAAGUUACUUUUGAAGAAUUUUGUGAACAAUUUGAGGAACGUCCAGAAUUAAAAGCUGAACAUGGCCAGCAUUCUAAACAAACAAAAUUAAUUGGAAAAAAUGGAAAAGAUUCUGUUAGUUUUUUUAAAAGAAAAUAUAAUUUAAAAAAUAAAUUAUUUUUGGUUGUUGAUGUGCCAUUAGGUGUGGAAAUUAUUAAUCAAGAACACAAUAAACUUUUGGCUCGAUGCUCAGGGAACAAACAAAGAUAUUUAUUGGCAAGAGGUGGGAAGGGUGGCUGUGCAGAUAAUGAUUACAGAGGUAAAAUUGGUGAACAUUUAGAUGUAAGUAUUCAUGUCAAAUUACGCCCAAAUAUUGGUUUAAUUGGCUAUCCAAAUGCUGGAAAAUCAACAUUAUUAAAAUCUCUAAUACCUAGCGGGCCUAAUAUUCAAAUAGCCUCUUAUCCAUUUACAACAGAAAAACCACAAAAUUCCUCCAAAGAAUUGAGAAUUUUACAACCUCUCGAAAAUACUCAAAAACAUUCUGUUAAACCAUUUCACGUUUCUCUUUCAAUUGCUGAUUUACCUGGGAUUGUUAAAGGAGCUUCACAAAAUUUAUAUAACGGAUUAAGCUGUUUAAAACAUUUGGAAUAUUCGGAAAUAAUUUUGAUGGUUGUGGAUGUUCAUGGAUUUAGACUUGAAUUAAAUGAUAAAUUAAUAACUCCACUUGAAACAAUUGCUUUAUUAAAUCGAGAAAUGGAGGAAUAUGACCGUAAAAUGAUACGUAAACCAAUUGUUUUGCUUUUAAACAAAAUUGAUGUUGAAAACGGGGAAGAGAUUUCCCAACAAUUAAUAGAACAUUUCAUUGGCCCAGCUUAUAAUACUUCAAAUUGGACAAAAUCCCUUCCUCAAGACAUUAAACCAAAAUUUCCAAUUAAUUUUAAAUCUGUCCAUGCAAUUAGUGCACAAAAUGGACAACUUGGAAAUUUACGUGAAAUUAUUGGAUCUAUUUAUUCAAAAUUACAUCCUUUAAAUAAACAAAAAUUUGAAGAAGAUGAAUUGGAAGAAAAAAGAAGAAGAAAAAUUGGUAAUAAAAAAUUGUUAUAA